UCGCUUGUCCCGGUGUGUUGGCAUUUUCACAAAUGCGUCGUUUCUGGUGAUUCCCGUAAAAUUUUAGUUGAAAAAUGGCAAACAUAAAUAAUCUACUCAACAUAAAUGUUGACAAGCUAUUCGAGCAGUACAACAUUUCGGAAAUUGAUCAAGUUCACAAGCGGCUUCAGGCAGAAGUGGAGCUGAAGCGUGAGGAACUCCGCACCAUGGUCGGGGAACGCUAUCGAGAUCUUCUCAAAGCAGCAGACACAAUUGGUGAUAUGAAAACGACAGCCAGUUCCAUCAACGAAAAUAUAGAUAAAGUAUCAGUAAGCUGCCGGCAGUUGCACGACCAUCAGCUUAUCGGCUUCCGCUCAACUGGGGCGCAGAGAAAGAACAGUAAUAAAUUCCACGGAAUCGUAGUGCAAAUCAAACUACUCACCAGUCUGCCGGAAAUGAUCUGGAGUGCAAUCGAUAGUGAGGAAUACUUCGUAGCAACACAAUUGUUCAUCUUUGCCAGGCACAUCUCGACAGGACUGCAGCUGGAUUCGAACAGCGAGCUAAUGGCUAAAUUUCCGGUCGCCAAAAAGCAGUGGGCAGUUUUGAGUCAGUUCUUUUUUACUAUCAAACAGAACUGCAGUAUCUGCUUAGAGCGAGAGGACCUGGCUCCGGAGGUUGCCACUAAAUGCCUGGCCAGUUUAUUGUUGCUCGAAAACUGCCAACAAGGUCAAAUUCUUUCAGUUUUCGUACAAAUGCGUCUUAAAGCAUUUUCUACCGUGCUUUCGGAUAAUUCGAAACACGAAAAAGUCAAGGACAAAAUUUUAGCCAGCUUAAAAUUGUUGAUGAACACUGUCGAACUGAUUCACAAAUGUUUUAUUGGGACACAUAAAGAACCUGGACUGCUGGUUCUGGAGCUCAUGACUGUAACGUCGGAAAAUUCUGAACCUACAAUCACACUAAUCAAAACGGAGGAUCAAAAAAUAAUUCAAACAUUACCAGACAUAAUCAGCAAAUUUCGACCCAGAUUACAGCUUGAAUCCCUAAACUCGGAGGUAGUCCGAAAUAGUUCACAGCAUUGGCUCGAGAGUGUAGAAAAAAUUGCUACCCAUCAGCUUGUUCCGUUCAUGAACCUCGUUCCAUCGAUCAAGAUGCUGCAUGAUGUGCGAAAACUUUGUUUGGAUGCUUCCAAAAAACCGGACCUCUGGGAAGAAACGUGCCGGCAGUUAUCGUUGGAUGAGGAUUUGGAUUUCUACAAGAUGUUCUAUCAACCGCUGAUCGAUAACCGGGUCAAAACAAUAAUCGAAACUUGCUGGCUAGAAACGGUGGAACAAAAUUGCGUUGAUAUUCUAAAUUUGCUCAGAAUUGCAUCUAUCGACAAAUCGCUUAAAGACGUAAAAUCAUUUGUCUGGACUGAAUCAACGGAUGACAAUCCACCCAACCUGAAAGAGGCGCUAGAUAAUAAAAAUAUAGCACGCCAUCACCUGUUGAUGAAAACUCGGGCUUUUCCUCCGCCUCUGGUGAGACUAGCUUCUCUACUCGAUCAGCGUAUUCAGGUGUUGAGUAAAGAUGUAUGUUCCUUCCUGGCGAAUGCCGAUGCGAAAGAAGUGGAAAGACUCAUUGUUUUCUAUAGUGAAUGCAGUUCUGAAAGUAUGUCGAAGCUGAUCACAUCUAUAAAAUCAGCUGAUUAUAAACAAACCUCCGAGAAUCACAUUCUAAUCGCUCGGCUGAUGAUGGCUAUUAAAGAACUUUGUCCCUCGCUCAAGCAAUGCCUUACGCCAGCACAAAUGACGAACAGCUUCGGUAGUGCUAACUGGCAGGACAAUGACGAUCAAUAUGACAGUGAAGCAGUGUCUGAAUUACGAACGGAUAGGUGGGGCAAAAUGGCCGGUUUACUGGAUAAUGAAUGUUUGAGGUUUUGGAAACUAUGGUCGGAAGAUUUUGAAGGUAGAUGGCCAAAGCUUGAUAGUCAUGUAGGUUAUCAAACGUUGUUGGUUGAUUUUCCGCUCUGGAAUACCGUGUCAAUCGAGGAAAAUGACGAACACAAUCAACCAGUACAGUCGACUAUUCGAAUCCCUGCGUUUCCCACUUUUUCACUGCAGCAUUUCUUGCACGUAAUUGCUACGCAGCUUAGUUUCUUCAUUCCACACACGAUUCCAAAGGCGAUCAUUGCCCACAUCGUGGAACGAAUACUUCAUUAUCUCGAAAGUCAUUAUGCAAGCCUGUCGAAGGAUGAGUUUGUGAAUAAAACCCAGAACAUAGCACUACAGUACUAUUUCGAUUUAAAAUUUGUCCAAACUUUAUUCACCGGAGGCCACGAGCUGAGACAGUUCACCGAAAAGUGCAACCUGUUGCUCGAUAUAUUUAGAAAUUUCAUUGAUCCGUUCGAUUUCGAUGUAUUCCAUCCGCAUCUGAAUGCUAACGUGAAACAUGCUGUUCAGCAGAUGCAACAUAUUUACGGUGUUCUCAGCUGUCGCGAUCAAUUCAGCACGACAGGCGUGAGUUCGAGUGAGACUGUUUCGGUUAAGCUAGGACAGGACAAGAAUCCAAAUAUUCUAGCGGUCAGCUCUAAUAGCGCCAGCGAAACUUGGUUUCCAUUGUUACCCAUCGUCACCAAGGAAAGUGCGUCCGUAGCGGGGGAAGCUGCCGUGGAGAGUGAAAUUGGUGCUACUAAAAUUGAAAAGGUUACGAAACAAUCUCUCAAAGAGAUAAACUCGGCAAGUAAACCAAAAGAAGUGCUUCCCUCAUCGUCGGUGACGGCGCAAAACUAUGCCAAGGGCGCUGCAGCAUUCUUUGGCCUUGAUAAAGAUUGGUUCAAAUAGAUCGAACAGCCGUGAUAUAAUG